AUGCGGUUGCCUAGGCCCUACACUGCAAGUCUCACACCAUUGCAAGAUCCAUUCCGCCCUCAGGCCCAGGGCACGACAGUGGCCAGCCUUCCUGAGCUUCUCGGUGGAAGAGCCCUACGGUCGGCGCAAUGCGACCGGGACGAGGCCCUAGAGCGCUGGAACCCGUACCCGGAGUGGCAGGGCAUCCCCCGCGGGGCAUGCCUCCGGGACGCCUCAUCGUUCCCGCCGGGUACGGUAAAAAGGAAUGCAAAGGAUGUUCCGUAG